AGUGACUUGGGUGUGCGGGCCCUUUAAACGUUAAGGAAGGAAGUGUCCGUAGUGGUGAAUGAGCAGUCAGUGCUGUGAUGGCGGACUACACGGAGGUGAAGGUGCGCGGCUACGAGGACUACUGCAGAGAGGCGGAGAAGCACAAGGGGAGGCCGCUGUUCGCUCUGUUCUGUGGGGACAAGGACGAGCAGGGGCUGAGCUGGUGCCCGGACUGUGUGACAGCUGAGCCGGUCGUGCGCAAGGAACUGACACAUCUUCCUGAAGGGUCUGUAUUUAUAUACUGCCAAGUUGGAGAGAGACCUUACUGGAAAGACCCAAACAAUGAAUUCAAAAGAAUUUUAAAGCUGAAGGGGGUCCCCACUCUUCUGAAGCCACAGAAACUCACAGAAGAGGAGUGCCUUAAGUGUGAUCUGGUCCAGAUGCUCUUCUCCGAAGAUUAACCAUCCUUGGACGGUGCCUUUUACAUUUACUCUCCACUUACACUUGAAGAUCAGAGGCAGAAGGAGGUUGACGAGUGUUCAUCCAAAUCUCCCAUUGUUCAGAAUGAAGAGGGACAAUGGCGUUUUCACAUUCCUAAACUGGUCAUAUUUCAGGCCUGUAGGUCUAAAAUGAUCUCCUCAAAUUCAAUUAAACUGGUUUCUAGUGAUGGCUGCCUGGUUUUCACUCCUGAUUUGAGCACCUUAAGGGUCCAUUCACACGCCCGUGAAUGUGUCCGCACCCGUUCCUCAAAUUGCGGACCCAUUCAUUCUCUAUGGGGUAAGAAUGGAUGCAGACAGCACACUGUGUGCUGCCUGCAUCCGAACCUCCGGUCCG